AUGGGAAAAUUAGAUAAUUAUGCAAAUCAUCAGAGGCCAGAAUUAGUAUCAUUUGAUGAUAUAAGUUAUAAUAAUUUAAAAGAAGUCACAGCAGCAAGAAAAUCAUGGUUGAAGGAAGAAUAUAUAAGAACUUAUGAAAGAAGAGUAGCUCAUGAAGCUUUACAAAAAUGUGCAGGAUAUCAUAACGAAGAUAAAUUAAGAUUAUGUAAAAGUUUAGCUGAAAAAUAUAAAUUAAUGCUUGAGUUUCAAAAAGAUACUGGUUAUCAAUUUUAUCAAAAGAAUGAUAUAUCUAAGUAA